AUGAUUAAUUCAAAUGAUAAGAAUGAAUCUGAUACUUUUGGUAUUAUUAGAAAGAUUUUGAGUGAAAGAAUUAUGGUACUUGAUGGUGCUAUGGGUACAGAAAUUCAAAAAUUCAAAUUAAAAGAUAAUGAUUAUAGAGGUGAAGAAUUUAAAGAUUUUCCACAUGAAUUAGGUGGUAAUAAUGAUCUUUUAUCAUUAACUCAACCACAUAUCAUUAGGGAAAUUCAUUGUAAAUAUCUUGAAGCAGGUGCAGAUUUUAUUGAAACCAAUACAUUUAAUGGUAAUAUAUUUUCACAAGCAGAUUAUAAGAUGGAACAUUUAGUUAAAAGAAUUAAUAUUGAAUCAGCAAGAUUAGCCAAGAGUGCAUGUGAAGAGUAUACAAAGAAGGAUCCAAGUAGACCAAGAUUUGUUUGUGGUGCAGUUGGUCCAACCAAUAAGACAGCUUCGAUUUCACCAUCAGUCGAAAGACCAGAAGCAAGAAAUGUAUUAUUCGAUGAAUUGGUAAGUGGUUAUCUCGAACAGGUUGAAGCAUUGGUUGAGGGUGGUAUUGAUGUGAUUUUGGUGGAGACAGUUUUCGAUUCACUCAAUUGUAAAGCAGCAUUAUUCGCAAUUGAGGAAUUCUUCAAGACAUAUUCACCAAGAUUACCAGUAUUCGUUUCAGGUACUAUCGUAGAUAAGAGUGGUAGAACAUUGAGUGGUCAAACAGGUGAGGCAUUCUAUACAAGUGUUGCAAGUGCAAAUCUUAUGGUAUUCGGUUUGAAUUGUGCAUUGGGUGCUCAAGAGAUGAGACCAUUCCUUCAAAAUAUUUCAAAGUGUUCAGAAUGCUACGUUUCAUGUUAUCCAAAUGCAGGUUUGCCAAAUACAUUUGGUGGUUACGAUGAAACACCAGAGAUGAUGGCAGAGCAAAUUAAGGAGUUUGCCGAGUCUGGUUUAUUAAAUAUUGUAGGUGGUUGUUGUGGUACAUCUCCAGAUCACAUUCGUGCAUUCUGCAAUGCCAUUGAGGGUAUCGCACCACGUGCCAUUCCAACACUUGUUCCAAAUACUACACUCUCUGGUUUGGAGCCAUUGGUAUUCACAAAGGAAUUAAAUUUUGUAAAUGUUGGUGAACGUUGUAAUGUAUCUGGUUCAAGACGUUUCGCAAAUUUAAUCAAAGCCAAUAAAUACGAAGAGGCAUUAUCAGUUGCUCGUCAACAAGUUGAAGCUGGUGCACAAAUCAUUGAUAUCAAUAUGGAUGAAGGUAUGAUUGAUGCAGUUGCAGCCAUUCAAAAGUUUUUAUUCUUCAUUGGCUCAGAACCAGAGAUUUCAAAGGUACCAAUCAUGUUGGAUUCUAGUAAUUUCGAUGUUGUAGAGGCAGGUUUAAAAUGUGUUCAAGGCAAGUGUAUUGUCAAUUCAAUCUCUUUGAAGGUUGGUGAAGAAUUGUUCAUUAAACAAGCUAAAAUCGUUAAACAAUAUGGUGCAUCCGUUGUUGUUAUGGCAUUCGAUGAAAAUGGUCAAGCUACAAGCAAAGAAGAGAAAGUUAGAAUUUGUUAUCGUUCAUACAAGAUCCUAACAGAGCAAGUUGGUUUCUAUCCACAAGAUAUCAUUUUCGAUCCAAAUAUCUUAACAAUUGCAACAGGUUUAGAAGAACAUAAUAACUAUGGUGUAGAAUUCAUUGAGGCCACUAGAGAGAUCAAAGCAUUGAUGCCAUUAACUCGUGUAAGUGGUGGUGUUUCUAAUCUUUCCUUCUCAUUCCGUGGUAACGAACCAUUGCGUGAAGCUAUGCACAGUGCUUUCCUUUACUAUGCAAUUGCCGCCGGUAUGGAUAUGGGUAUCGUUAAUGCUGGUGCAUUACCAAUCUAUGAUGAUAUUCCAAAGGAUCUUUUGAAAUUAGUAGAGGAUGCAAUUUUAAAUCGUACCAAUGAUGCAACUGAAAAACUAUUAGAAUACGCUCAAGCCAAUAAUAAAUCAGAGAAAGCAAAUGUUGAAGUAGAAGAAUGGAGAAAUAAACCAGUGUCUGAAAGAAUCGCUCAUGCUUUGGUUAAAGGUAUCACCACUUAUAUCAUUGAAGAUACCGAAGAGGCACGUAACACAUUACCAUCAUCAUUAUCUGUCAUUGAAGGCCCAUUAAUGGGUGGUAUGAAUGUUGUUGGUGAUUUAUUUGGUGCUGGUAAAAUGUUUCUUCCACAAGUUAUCAAGAGUGCUCGUGUUAUGAAAAAAGCUGUAGCUCAUUUAAUUCCAUUCAUGGAGGAAGAGAAAAGAUUAAAACGUUUAGAGAAAGGUAACGAUGAAGCAGCAGAAGAUGAACCAGAUAAUGCCGGUGUCGUUGUUUUGGCAACUGUUAAAGGUGAUGUACAUGAUAUCGGUAAGAAUAUCGUUGGUGUUGUAUUGGGUUGUAACAAUUACAAAGUCAUUGAUAUUGGUGUUAUGACACCAUGUGAAAAGAUUGUAGAGGCCAUCAUUGCCAACAAAGCCGAUGUUGUAGGUUUAUCAGGUUUAAUCACUCCAUCAUUGGACGAGAUGAUUUAUGUAGCAAGUGAAUUGGAAAGACUUAAAUUCAAAAUCCCAUUAAUGAUUGGUGGUGCCACUACCUCACAAAUUCACACAGCAGUUAAGAUUUCACCACACUAUUCUCAACCAACCGUUCAUGUUUUAGAUGCAUCACGUAGUGUAACUGUAGUUCAAUCAUUGUUAGAUCCAAAUAAUAAAGAAGUUUUCGCAGAGGAUGUUUCACAGCAAUACGCAGAACUUCGUGAGAAACAUUAUGCUUCACUAAAGGAUAGAAAAUAUACUUCUUUAGAGAAAGCACGUCAACAUUGUGUUAAAGUUAAUUGGAAAACCAUUCAACCUGUUAAACCAACAUUCCUUGGUACUCAAGUUUUCAAAGAGUAUUCCUUGGAGAAAUUAGUCACUAAAAUCGAUUGGAAUCCAUUCUUUGUAACUUGGCAAUUACGUGGUAAAUAUCCAAAUCGUGGUUAUCCACGUAUUUUCAAUGAUGAAACCGUUGGUGCCGAAGCAAAGAAACUCUUUGAUGAUGCUCAAACCAUGUUGAAGGAAAUUGUCGAUAAGAAACUUUUAAAUGCUCGUGGUGUAAUUGGUUUCUACCCUGCUAAUAGUAUCGAUGAGGAUAUUAUAAUCUACGAUCAUAAUGAUGAUGAAACUCGUUCCAAACCAAUUGCAACACUCUUUGGUCUUCGUCAACAAAAUGAAAAGGAAACUGAUGAACCAUACAUUGCCAUCGGUGAUUAUAUCGCACCAGUUUCAUCGGGUGUAAAGGAUUACAUUGGUUUAUUCGCUGUUAGUUCUGGUUUUGGUUUAGAAGAUAUGGUUGAAAAAUAUAAAAAAGAGAAUGACGAUUACUCAAGUAUCAUGGCUAAAGCAUUGGCUGAUCGUUUAGCAGAGGCAUUGGCAGAAGCUGUUCACGAAGAUGUUAGAAGAGAACAUUGGGCCUAUGAAAAGGAUCAAGCAUUAUCAAAUGAAGAUUUAUUCAAAAUUAAAUAUAAAGGUAUUCGUCCAGCUCCAGGUUAUCCAGCUCAACCAGAUCAUACUGAAAUGAAAACCAUUUGGUCAUUAAUGAAUGUAAAUGAAAAUACCUCUAUCGAAUUAACCGAUCAUAUGGCAAUGUUACCUGGUGCUGCAGUUUGUGGUGUUUAUUUCUCUCAUGAACAUGCUAAAUAUUUCUCUGUUGGUAAAAUCACUAAAGAACAAAUCGAAUCUUAUGCAUCAAGAAAACAAAUCACCAAAGAAGAAGCUGAAAGAUGGUUAUCUUCAAUUUUAUCUUAUGAUCGUUUACCAUUAGUAAAAUAA